AUGUCGAUGGCCAUGGACAUGAUGGCGUCAGCGGGGCACCCUUACUUGGGCGCUGGGCUGCACAGAUGCAGGGACAACAUGCAGAUCUCCAUCCCGGAGGAUGCAGAUGCAGAGAUUUAUCCGACCGAAGCAGUCCAAGUUCGCAACACAUUCAUCCACGUAGCAACACCAGAAAAUGGCGUGGACGAUGCUUCGAAACAUGUUUUUUCCUGCCCAGCUAGCCACAUCGGGUGGAUUGAGAAGCUCUUCGAGGAAGAUGAUGCCGCAGAGCUUCCCCCCAUCAUCCCGAGCAGCAGACCCGUGAUUUGCCUAGAAGAUGCCCUCUUCGAAGCACCCAUGCCCUUCGAGGCAGCCCAAGCACCCCAAGUGUCCUACAGCUACCAGGAUCCCAGCCCUUUCAGCCCCGAGGAGCUUCCGAGCAUUGGCUCCAAGGGCCAUUUCACGAAAGACUGUCGGCCCUGUGCCUUCCUCCACGCCAAGGGCUGCGUCAACGGCCAGAUGUGCUCCUUCUGCCACUUGUGUGACAAGGGGGAGAAGAAGAGGAGACAGAAGGCCAAGAAAGCCAUGUUUCAGGGUCUCCAUGGUGGUGCCUGA